AUGGACGCGAUUGAAGAGACACGGAUUGAAAAUGGCUCGUCGCCGGCUGCAGAAGUUGAGACAGACCUCAAACAGAAGGGCGUCAUGUCCGGCGGGAAAAUUAUGGUUGCUGGGGGGCCGGGGCGCAAGUCCAAGGCUUGUCUCGAGUGCAAGAAGUUGAAGAUGAAAUGCGAGGUGUUUCCAGGGGACCGCAAAUGUCGACAAUGCCUGCGGAGAAAGGCGCAUUGCAUCUUUCGGCCUGCAUCAUAUGCAGUGCAGAUAGAUGGCGACGGAGCAGCCACUGGUAUCACUGACAGAUACGAGCAGAAGAUGGACUCCAUGACAGAGGAAAUGAAGCGCAUGAGAGAAAGCUUAGAUGCUCUACUUGCCUUCAAGCAAUCACAUUCGACAUCUCCGGAUGGCGGCCACCCCGUCCACAUUCCCCUUACCAGUACGCCGUUGAGCACGACAAGUCCGGCUGGGCUUUCAACUCGAGAGGACAAUACCCAAAUGGCCAUGACGAGAGAGAAUUCCCUCGAACCAGCUCCCAAUGGCGAUCACCGGGACGGGGCUGUCACUGUGGAGGAGCCGAUGGGAAGCCUCUACGAAGUGACCCGGCUGAGGAAUAUUCGCAGUAACAAGGCUAAAACCGCAAGACCACACGCAGGCGCGCAAGGGGAGUUGAACGAUUUCAUCUCGCGGGGCGUGAUAUCCGAAUACGAAGCGGAAGAGUUGUACAGAACGUGCGGACGUCGAUCCCCUGCGAGGAAAAAGUCCAGUGCUGAUUUGAUCAGAUUCCACACCUCGUUAAAUCACUAUCUCUGGGUCGGUCUGGAGCAAACACAUCCGUCAUUCAACUCGAUCCGCAAAUCAUCAGAACUAUUGACGGCAACGAUCCUCGCCGUCACGGCGUUACACCUUCCAACAAGUGCCGACACAUUCGACAAGUGCUAUAAAGAGUUUCUGUCACUGAUAUCCUCGUCCAUGUUCUCCCGGUACCACAGUAUAGACGACGUCCGGGGUCUUUGCAUCGCUGCAUUUUGGCUAUCAGACGUCUCGUGGAAGUUGUCUGGGCAUGCGAUCCGCAUCGCGACAGAGCUGAAUAUCCACCAGUCGUUUACGAAAGCCCUAGAAGGCGAUCGCGAACACUUUCUCCGGGCACGGCUGUGGUACAUGCUGUACGUAUGCGACCACCACUUCAGUAUCGCCUACGGCCGUCCUCCGAUGAUCGCCGAGUCCACUCAGAUUCGCGAGCACGAGCUCUUCCUCGCGUCGCCUUUUGCAGACACCCUUGAUGCGCGAAUUCUGUCGCAGGUUUCUCUUAUGCAGAUCCUGACGCGGGUAUACGACCGGUUUGCGGAACGGCGUCUCCCUGAUCCGCGCGCGAUUCGAACAGCGACAACGAGCGUCUCGUACGACUCUUAUGCUUCGAUGCUCUCGGAGGAAGAUUUGAUGGAUGUCCGGAAUUUUAACCUCGAGAUUGAGCAGUGGCGGAUGCGGUGGUACGCGAGACAGCAGACAAGCGGGUUCAUUGGGACGUUCCCGCCCAAGGGCAUCAUCCUCUACAGCUACUUUGCGAAAUUGCAGCUCAAUAUCCUCGCCGUAAGGGGGGUGAGUUUGCACUCGGGCCGGCUGUCGACGGAGCGUAAGGAGCUCACGAACAUAGCCAUCUCAGCAGCAGCGAGCAUCUUGACAUUUGUACUGGAAGAGGAGGAUAUGCGACGAGCACUCGUUGGGACGCCACUGUAUGUGCACACCAUGAUUGCGUUUGCGUCAGUGUUCUUGAUGAAGGUCGCCACGAAGUGGAACCGCAUCAUGGGCUUCAACAUUGAGCACAGCUACGUGAACGUGUCGCGGCUGCUGGAGAACAUGGUUAUACUGCUGAAGAGCUCGGUCACGUCGGAUCGCCAUGUGCUUCACCAUAUUGCGGCAGGCCUGGAGAAGAUGCUGGCCAAGAUGACGGCGGAGGCUGCUGCUGAAGACUACGUGAAGCCGGCGCAUAGUUACAACCACGAGACCGUCGGGUAUAACAAAGCUGCCGUUGACGCAGCAUCUGUCCCUGGUACAGGGCUUGGUACUCCGCUUCAUGGCGGUCAUAUCCAUGGCCAAGGCUGGGAACGUCCAUCACCGAGUCAGGAGUUCUAUGGUGAUGGCUUGACGUUUAUAAACGAUAGUCUGUUGUAUGAAGCGUUUGGGACGGAGGCCGCUAACAACGACGUGUAUAAUCUUCUUACCAGCCAUUUCACAUGA